UUAAGAAUUCCGACAGCCCGUGAAUGCAGCAUCAGGACGAGUAACUUUGGUUGAACUUCCAUGUCAUAAGUGUAUCCGGUCUGUUCGCAGUGUGUUGUGAUCUAACUGUACAGUGAACCUGUUCACAUCAACUGGAGUUUGUUUCAGUAGUUUGACUGUUUAAAUAAACUUUAGUGACGCUCAUAAACACACCAGCCUGCGCCGGGAUGAACGCGCUGCUGCGGCGGUGUCACCUCCGGCGGGUCGGUACAUGGAGAGGUCUCCAUGUCUCAGCACCUGCAGCGACCUUCAACCUGAGAAACGUUGAAUUAAAACCUCUAGAGCAGCGAAAACUCACUUUUGACUCCCACGCCAUGGUGACGCAGCUGGAGAGCAGCGGCUUUGAGAAGCGUCAGGCAGAGCUGAUAGUUUCAGCUCUCGUCACUCUGGCAACGGCAAACAUGGACAUCGUUUAUAAAGACAUGGUGACCAAAUCCCACCAGGAAAUCACAGUGCAACAGAUCAUGGCUCACCUGGACUCCAUCAGGAAGGACAUGGUGAUCCUGGAGAAGAGUGACUUUGCCAACCUUCGAUCUGAAAACACAAAAAUGAAGCGGGAGUUGGAGCAACUACAAAACAGACUGAAGGAGGAGAGUCAGAAAGUCAGAGCAGAAGCCAAACUGGACAUCAACCUGGAGCACAGCAGGAUCACUGACGUGUUUACUGAACAGGAGAAGAAGAUGAUGGAGGCCAGUACAGAGUUCCAUCAAAAGAAAGCCGACCUUGAACACGACAACAUGGAGAUCAACAAGAACAUCGACCUGCAGGUGGCGUCGCUCAAAACGGUCCUGGAGUCUCUCAAACUGGAGACGGUCCGUUACAUGGCAGCGACUGUGUUCUCCUGCCUCGCCAUCGCUCUGGGAGUCUAUCGGCUGUGGAGGUGAAGGAUCCACAAAUGCACUCGUUUAAUAUUCCUACGCAACACAAAGUAGCUCAAGUGAAAACCCAACACUGUAAACUGUGGGACUGAAGAAUGUGUUGCUCCUGCUACUACAAAAAUGUCACAAUUUAAUGUUUAAAGUAAAAUUUUAUUUAAGUAGAAGUUCAGAGAUAUUGUCAGCAAAAUGUACUGAAAGCAUCAGUCGUAAAAGUACUCAUUAUGCAGAAGAAUGUAAGUAACGUAUAUAUACUUUCAGUCCAUGAGGCUUACUUGAUUUAAUGAUUUUAAAAGCUUGACUUUUACUUGUAAAACUUAAAUUGUUUUAUUGCUACUUUAAUUAAGUAAAUCAUAUAAAUAAUUUUCCUACAUUAAAUACUUACCUCUGAAAUGUUGUGGAGUAGAAAUAUAAAGCAGCACAUCAUUGAAAUACUUCAUUACAGUACAAGUACUUUAGUAAAUGUAUGAAGAGACAACACUAUUGGAAAUAUUUUGGGUGAAUUGACCCUUUGAAAGAAUAUGUUUAUAUUUGAUGGUUUUGUUGCCUUGCAAACAUAUCAGAACAAUAAAUGACUAUUAAUUCCAUUUUUUGUUUUUAUGUGUUUGUUUAGUGUUGAGUCUGAUUUCAUUAUUGAUUGACUGCAUGUUUACAAUGUAAAAACAUUGUAUGUUUGAGUUUCACGUUUGGAGCUGUUUAUUGACACUUUUGUUUAUCUGUUGGACUACAAGUGACGCCUGUGAUGUUCAAAGAAGAAAAAAAGAUUUUAAAUCA